AUGGAUACUUCUCCCUCCAAAAAAUAUCCAGUUAAAAAACGGGUGAAAAUACAUCCCAACACAGUGAUGGUGAAAUAUACUUCUCAUUAUCCCCAGCCUGGCGAUGAUGGAUAUGAAGAAAUCAAUGAAGACUAUGGAAAUUUUAUGGAGGAAAAUCCAAAGAAAGGUCUGCUGAGUGAAAUGAAAAAAAAAGGAAGAGCUUUCUUUGGAACCAUGGAUACCCUACCUCCACCAACAGAAGACCCAAUGAUCAAUGAGAUUGGACAAUUCCAGAGCUUUGCAGAAAAAAACAUUUUUCAAUCCCGAAAAAUGUGGAUAGUGCUGUUUGGAUCUGCUUUGGCUCAUGGAUGUGUAGCUCUUAUCACUAGGCUUGUUUCUGAUCGGUCUAAAGUUCCAUCUCUAGAACUGAUUUUUAUCCGUUCUGUUUUUCAGGUCUUAUCUGUGUUAGUUGUGUGUUACUAUCAGGAGGCCCCCUUUGGACCCAGUGGAUACAGAUUACGACUCUUCUUUUAUGGUGUAUGCAAUGUCAUUUCUAUCACUUGUGCUUAUACAUCAUUUUCAAUAGUUCCUCCCAGCAAUGGGACCACUAUGUGGAGAGCCACAACUACAGUCUUCAGUGCCAUUUUGGCUUUUUUACUCGUAGAUGAGAAAAUGGCUUAUGUUGACAUGGCUACAGUUGUUUGCAGCAUCUUAGGUGUUUGUCUUGUCAUGAUCCCAAACAUUGUUGAUGAAGACAAUUCUUUGUUAAAUGCCUGGAAAGAAGCCUUUGGGUACACCAUGACUGUGAUGGCUGGACUGACCACUGCUCUGUCAAUGAUAGUAUACAGAUCCAUCAAGGAGAAGAUCAGCAUGUGGACUGCACUGUUUACCUUUGGUUGGACUGGGACAAUUUGGGGAAUAUCUACUAUGUUUAUUCUUCAAGAACCCAUCAUCCCAUUAGAUGGAGAAACCUGGAGUUAUCUCAUUGCUAUAUGUGUCUGUUCUACUGCAGCAUUCUUAGGAGUUUAUUAUGCCUUGGACAAAUUCCAUCCAGCUUUGGUUAGCACAGUACAACAUCUGGAGAUUGUGGUAGCUAUGGUCUUGCAGCUUCUCGUGCUGCACAUAUUUCCUAGCAUCUAUGAUGUUUUUGGAGGGGUAAUCAUUAUGAUUAGUGUUUUUGUCCUUGCUGGCUAUAAACUUUACUGGAGGAAUUUAAGAAGGCAGGACUACCAGGAAAUACUAGACUCUCCCAUUAAAUGAAUACCUGAUUAUUAUUGUCUCAUUAAUGUUCAGUUAUUAAUAUGUAUACUGCCAUUUUAAUGUUUACCUAUGAAUGUCUUUUGUGUUAUAUAAUUGACAGAAUGCUAUAUAAUAUAUAAUAUAUACAAAUGCAGAAAAUUUAUUCUAGUCUAAUAUAUUCAAAUACAAAUAUUAAAUAUAUGAAAUACGUUA